GCCAUGGAUGUACCCCGAGCAGCCAAGGGACAGUGUCCCUGGCGUCCGUGCCUCAUAGGGCUGUUGCUGCAGCUGCUGUUUGCUCUGUGCUUCUUCUCCUACAUCCGAGUAUCCCAUGACCAACCUGGCCCCCCUGCUCCUCGGAGCUUGUACCCCCAAGCAGAUGCAGUCAUCUUCCACCACCGAGAAAUCAGCCCCAACCCCAGGUCACUGCUGCCAAGUCAGCCGAGGCCGCCAGGCCAGCGCUGGGUGUGGUUCAGCCUGGAGUCACCCAGCCACUGCAGCAGGCUGUCAGCCCUGGAUGGACACUUCAACCUAACCAUGUCCUAUCGCAGCGACUCUGACAUCUUCACACCCUAUGGCUGGCUGGAGCCGUGGGCAGAGCCUCCAGUCCAAACCCAGGUCAACAUGUCUGCCAAGACUGACCUGGUGGCCUGGGCUGUGUCCAACUGGAACCCCAAGUCGGCUCGGGUGCUGUACUAUCAGAAGCUUCAGAGUCACCUCCAUGUGGACGUGUAUGGCCGAGGACAUAUGCCCCUUUCCCGAGGGGACAUGAUGGGGACGCUGGCCAGAUACAAGUUUUACCUGGCGUUUGAGAACUCACUUCACCCAGAUUACAUCACAGAGAAGCUGUGGAAGAAUGCUCUGGAGGCCUGGGCUGUGCCCGUGGUCCUGGGGCCCAGCAGGAAGAACUAUGAACGCUUCCUGCCCCCUGAUGCCUUCAUCCACGUGGAUGACUUUGAGAGCCCAGCAGACCUGGCUCAGUACCUGCAGAAGCUAGACAAGGACAGCCAGAGCUACCAGCGCUACUUCCGCUGGAGGGAGACGCUCAGGCCUCGCUUGUCUAGCAUGGCCCUUGCCUUCUGCCAGGCAUGCAGGCAGCUGCAGUGGGACCAGAGGUACCAGACGGUCCACAGUGUGGCCUCUUGGUUCCACUGAGGUGGCUGGCCAGAGUCCUGCAGGCAGUGUCCCACUCGAAAGUCAUCCUCUGUCGCCCCUGGUGCUAGACACUCCCUUGAUGAGCAUCUCAGCUGCUCAGAGCCUUGAUUCUGGGGUCUUCAUCUUUGCUCACUGGGGAUGUGAGUUCCCAGAAGCCUGAGCUGUAUCGAGAGACCCUGCUGCUGACACACUCUACUUCCCAGAGCCCCACCCUCUCCCACUGGUGGGUGGUGGGUCUGCCUCAAUUGCUCCUGGUGCACGACAUAAGUAACGUCUGAGGUGCUUGCAGGGAUGUGGUACUGUCACAGUGAUCCAGAUGAGACCUUAUUCUGUCAGUCUCA